UAGAGAUGACAAGCCAUUAGAUGUGUGCUUUCAUAUCGACUGUGCUCAUCGGAUACACUCGCACAAAGAUACUACAGCCCCGGGUGUUGACAUGGAGCUGGAGCAUUUCGACGAACGGGACAAAGCACAAAGAUACAGCCGUGCGGGUUCACGUGCGAACGGCCUCCCGAGCCCCACGCACAGCGCCCACUGCAGCCUGUACCGAACACGGACCCUACAGGCUCUGAGCUCGGAAAAGAAAGCCAAGAGGGUCCGGUUCUACCGCAAUGGAGACCGAUACUUCAAAGGGAUUGUGUACGCUAUUUCCAAUGACAGAUUCAGGUCUUUCGAUGCUCUGCUCGCAGACCUCACCCGCUCCCUAUCAGAUAAUAUAAAUCUGCCUCAGGGCGUCCGGACCAUUUAUACCAUUGACGGGUCGAAGAUUACAAGCAUGGAUCAGCUGGUGGAAGGGGAGAGUUACAUUUGUGGAUCAAUUGAGCCUUACAAGAAUCUGGAAUACACUAAGAAUGUCAACACCAACUGGUCAGUCAACGUCAAGACCACUGCAUCGGCACGAGCGCCCACCUCUCUGGCCAGCGCCACGGCUGGUUCAAUAGAAACCAAGGAUAACAAGGAUUUCAUCCGACCCAAACUGGUGACCAUAAUCCGCAGCGGGGUAAAGCCUCGGAAAGCCGUGCGUAUACUUCUCAACAAGAAGACGGCCCAUUCGUUUGAGCAGGUUCUCACGGAUAUCACAGAUGCCAUCAAACUGGACUCUGGAGUGGUCAAGAGGCUUUAUACGGUGGAUGGUAAACUGGUGGCAAGCCUUCAGGACUUCUUUGGUGAAGAUGAUAUAUUUCUUGCCUGUGGCCCAGAGAAGUUCCGCUACCAGGAUGACUUCCUGUUGGAUGAGAGUGAGUGCAGGGUGGUGAAAUCGCAGUCCUAUGGCCGUAUUUCUUCCAUGCAGGGCCGCUGCUCUCCCCGCAGCGGUGGACCUUCAAGAAGGAGCAAGUCCCCUGGUUCCAGCACUAACGGAACAGCAGGUAGUCAGCUCUCGACCCCACGGUCAGGCAAAUCUCCCAGUCCAUCUCCCACCAGUCCAGCCAGUCUGAGAAGACGAAGGGGCUCUCAGCACAGUGGCUCCUCCCUCUCUCUGGCCUCCACCAAGGUGUGCAGCUCCAUGGAUGAGGGCGAUGGGCCAGGCAGUGAAGCUGAGCUGAUGGAGGAUUGUCCUCAGGUUCCUGCUUCCAUAGCCGAAAGGUACAAGGUGGGGCGAAUGAUUGGCGAUGGGAACUUUGCUGUGGUCCGAGAGUGUGUGGAGAGAUCCACAGGCCGAGAGUACGCUCUGAAGAUCAUUAACAAGAGCAAAUGCAGAGGGAAGGAACACAUGAUCCAGAAUGAGGUGUCCAUUCUUCGGAGAGUGAAGCAUCCUAAUAUUGUUCUGCUGAUUGAAGAAAUGGACACAUACAGUGAACUUUACCUGGUCAUGGAGCUGGUCAAGGGUGGUGACCUCUUUGAUGCCAUCACCUCCUCCAACAAAUACACAGAGCGGGACGCCAGCGGAAUGCUGUAUAACCUGGCCAGCGCUAUCAAAUAUCUGCACAGCCUUAACAUUGUUCACCGUGACAUCAAACCUGAGAAUCUUCUGGUGUGUUUUUGAGUAUUACAGAGGGAAUAUUGUCACUAAAAAUCACAGUGUGAGAUAAAGCUGAACUUGGCAACAGUUGUGGACGGUCCGCUUUACACUAUAUGUGGCACCCCGACCUAUGUAGCUCCAGAGAUUGUCGCAGAGACGGGGUAUGGAUUGAAAGUUGAUAUCUGGGCGGCCGGAGUCAUAACAUACAUAUUGCUUUGUGGCUUCCCUCCUUUCCGUGGGAGCACAGAUGAUCAGGAGGCUCUUUUUGACCAGAUUAUGAUGGGACAGCUGGAUUUCCCUCUUCCAUACUGGGACAAUGUAUCUGACUCUGCAAAGGCACUUAUUACCUGCAUGCUACAGGUGGAGGUCGAACAGAGAUACACAGCUCUCCAGGUGUUAGACCAUCCCUGGGUCAAUGAUGACAGGAUGUGUGAGAAUCAGCACCAGUUGUCUGUGGCCGGCAAGAUUAAGAAACAUUUCAACAUGGGCCCCAAACCCAACAACACCACAGCAGGAGUCACUGUCAUAGCAACCACCCCUCUUGAUAAGGAGAGGCAGGUUUUCAGACGAAGACGCCACCAGGAUGUGAAAGCGGCUGCUCCCCGCAGCACCCAGAGCACCUUCCCCUCCAGCCCCGCCACCGGCCCGACCCUCUCUCCAGCAGAGUUCACCUCCGAGUCAGAGGAUAUUUCCCCCAGCUCGGCCGAAACGGUCCGCUCACCCACAUCACCGUUUUAAGCACAGGAAUCAAUGGAAAAUGAUCUAGAAAGAAAAGGUAAAUCGGCUUGUGUAUAGCAAAAGAUGACAGUUUUUGAAAAUUAAUGUUUGUUACGUGGUGGAGCAGAUGUGGUUAACUAGGACUGGAUGGGCUGGUUUUCUCUGUUCAAAUUCUGUGAGGGUAGCACACCUGAACAGGUGUAAAAAUAAUCUCACUCUCUUAACAGUUAUUCAUCCGAAUUGAGAAGCCCUUGUCAUUGUUUAAGAGUUUUCUCUUCAUAACUACCGUUUGGUGCUAUAUGAGGUUUUGUUUGUAGACCAUCCUACUCUUUGACGCCCUCUAGUGUUUGAUAGAAAGUAAUGCAGCCAAACCUCCCGCUCUGUUUCUAGUUAUCACACACAUGAUCGUGUGUUUAAUACUUAUAAUAAACCUGCAAUGUCUUAACAUAUUUUCUUUCAGUGACAAAAUCUUUUACGUGAGUUUUUUACC